GAAUGUAUUGUGUUUGGUGAAGUAUAUUUAAUGUAAUGUAGACUAAUUCAGCUUUAAGUUUGAUACCACUAAAUGAGCACUUUCAGGUCAGAUAUUGAAAUGAAUGAAGAUGGAGGAAAUGAGGUAUGCAGAUGACUAGUAUAACCUCACUAAUCUGAUUUGUUCAGUGUGGUUGACUCGCGAGCUGGUGUGGGAAAAUAUUUCUAGAAGACUUGAGGAGCCACACCGUCCCUCAUUAAAACUACAUUGUGUGCAAUUUCACACAUACCACGCUUCCAGGCUUUCCAGGUUGCUUUCAUAUGGAGAGACACAGUGUUGAAAGUUUAGCUUUAUCAAGGACCUAGUCAUUUCUCCUCCAUCAUGCAAAGGCAUAUGAUAACUUAUGAGACAGAACCUUUGAUAAAGGUUUCUUUUUCCUCUAAUAGUGUCAGUAUCAUCAGCAGAAGGAAGAAGCCCGGACCGUGGAGUUUUUUCAUCAAGAUGAUCCCUCAUAUGGCACUGUGUAAAUUCUUUCCUCUGGUUCUAGUGGGUGUUGUGGUGUUCACUGUGAGUGGGAUCAUUGGAGACCCUCUGUAUGAGUGCCUCCAAGAUACAGACUACAGCGAGCUUCUCGACAUUGUGGAUAAAGGUCUUCCUACCACUAAGACGCCUACUCAUGUAGCAGUCAUCGGUGGGGGCAUCGCUGGUUUGACCGCUGCAAAGUUAUUAGAAGAUGCUGGCCAUAAGGUGACCAUAAUAGAAGCAAGUGACCGAAUUGGAGGACGUGUGGAGACCUUCAGGAACAGAAAAGAAGGCUGGUAUGCAGAAGUGGGUGCCAUGAGGAUCCCCAGCUUUCAUAAGAUUCUGCUUUCCUUUGCCUCCAAAUUACAAAUUUCCCUAAACCACUUCAUCCAAGAUGACAUCAACACCUACUAUUUGGUAAAUGGAGUUUUACAUAAAACCUAUGCUGUGGAAAACAACCCAGGUGUGCUCAACUACAGCUUGAAUGAGAGAGAAAGGGGGAAGUCAGCUGCUCAACUCUUCAGUCAGGCACUGUGGAAGGUGAGGGAUGACCUCAAGACAAUUGGCUGCAGUGCAAUGUUGGAUAAAUAUGAUUCCUACACAGUGAAGGAAUAUCUUGUGAAGGAGGCCAACCUGAGUCGUGGUGCAUUGAGGAUGAUUGGGGACAUCCUGAAUGAAAACAGCCUCUUCUACACAUCACUGAUAGAGAUGCUGUACAUACAGUCAGACAUUAAUGACAACACUGAGUACUUUGAAGUGACAGAUGGCUUUGACCAUCUCCCCCGGGCUUUCUAUCAGGUGUUAAAUGCUACAAUCCUUCUCAACUCAAAGGUCAAGUUGAUCAACCAAACAGGUAACAGCAAUCUAACUAUAACAUACCAGGACUGGCGUAAUUCAGGCUCCCUAACCAACCUAACUGUGGACUAUGCCCUGGUAACGGCCACAGCCAAGGCCACCCUCUUCAUUAACUUCCAACCCCCUCUCUCUGGGGACAAGAUGGAGGCCCUGCGCUCAGUUCAUUACGCCAGCUCCACCAAGGUGAUACUCAGCUUCAGAGAGCGCUUCUGGGAAAAAGAGGGCAUCAGAGGAGGGAAGAGUGUCACAGAUCGGCCCUCUCGUUUCAUCUAUUACCCCAGCCACAGCUUCCCUGGUACAGCCGCAGGGGCCCUUCUUGCAUCUUACACCUGCUCCGACGAUUCCACCCUCUUCCAGGGGAUGAGUGAGAAGGAGCUGAUGGCAGUGGUCCUGGAGGACUUGGUCAAAAUCCAUGGAGAGGUAAUCAGGCAUCUGUGCACAGGGGGGCUGGUGAAGAAGUGGGGCUUGGAUCCUUAUAGUCUGGGAGCCUUUGCACUGUUUACACCCUACCAGCAAGGACACUAUGCCAGAGAAUUGUUCCAGAAUGAGGGACGGGUGCACUUUGCAGGAGAACAUACAGCCACACCUCAUGGGUGGAUUGAAACUGCCAUGAAGUCUGCACUCAGGGCAGCAAAAAAUAUUAACAGCCUUACAGUGUAGUUUUGUUUGUAGCAUUUUUUUUUUUACAUAUGUUCCAACAUUUUCACUCUUACAGGGUGAGUUUGAUACAUUGGUUUAGCAGUAUACCUUGUCUGGUGUAUCUGGUCUAUUAGUGUCAACCCAUUCUGAUAUGAUGUAUAUUUUUUGUAUUAUGUCAUACACAUUGAUCUAGAUACAUAUCUAUUGAUCAGCAGCCACCAGUGACACUUCACACAAAUUAGCAUGAAUGCAAAUAUAGUUAUUAGGCCCAUGAUUGUGAAUGCAGGGUUCUACUGUGUAUAUGAGAUGCUUUAGAGGAUAUUCCAUGAUUUUAUAUCAGAAUAAAACUUAACACAGAAUUA